AUGGUAUUUUAUACAUCGUUAACUGACUGUUCAUCUUCUAGCAAUGAUGGACGAAUUUUUGUUGACGAAUCGGAUUAUAGAACAGUCGAAGAUGAACCAGUUCCAUUCGAAAUCAAAGAUGUUGUUAGGAUUCGAGCGGAAGAGAAAUUCGCAAAAUAUUAUGAGUGCCUUGAGGAGCUUGGCGAAGGCAAAUUUGGAAAGGUAUAUCUGUGCCGUGAAAAACAUACAGGAUUUGAAUUAGCUGCAAAGAGAAUAAAAAUAAGAAGGGAUGCUGAUCGAGCGAAAGUUGAGCGAGAAGUAGCAAUAAUGACGCAAAUGCGACAUCCGAGGAUUGCGCAGAUCUAUGAUGCAUUCGCAACACCAGAAAACGAUAUAGUCCUCGUCAUGGAAGUAGUUAAAGGUGGCGAAUUAUUUGAUCGUGUCGUCGACGAGAACUAUAUAUUAACAGAGUUAGCAGUCGUAAUGAUUAUGUGUCAACUCUGUGAAGCAGUUGGAUAUAUUCAUAGCAAGAAUAUUGUACAUCUUGAUAUCAAACCAGAAAACAUAAUGUGUGUAUCAAAAACUGGCAAUAGAAUCAAAUUAAUCGACUUUGGUCUGGCACAAUAUUACGAUGGAUCAUCAAAUUUAUUAUUUAUGGCUGGUACACCAGAAUUUGUUGCUCCUGAAGUUAUCAAAUAUGAACCAAUCGAUUUUUACACCGAUAUGUGGAGCAUUGGCGUUCUUACUUAUAUCCUUUUGUCUGGUAUAUCUCCAUUUCUCGGUGAUACUCUUGGAGAAACUUAUUGUGCUGUCGAAAGAGGACAAUGGGAGUUUGAUGAAGAAGCUUUCGAAGGCAUCUCUGAUGCAGCAAAAGAUUUUAUAGCAAAAUUACUCAUCAUUGACCAGACGUAA